GAACUGGACCUUUCCGAAUUCCAGUCAAUGGCAUGCCAAUGCGGGUAUUACCUGAGAGGAGACUGCUACAAGCACUGUAACUGAACAAAAACCUCGGGACAGAGGCAGGGCAUAGAUAUCUGAACCUGGGGACUGGGAGACCGAGGAGAUGAAGGUAUUGGUCACCGGAGCGUCCGGUUACUUGGGUGGGAAUUUGUGCCGGGCCCUACUUAGGCAAGGUUACUCCGUCCGAGCAUUUGUGCGGCCAACAAGCGACGUUUCGCUCCUUGGACCGGCAUCGGCGACCCACGGACGGGACGGGGAGGGUUCCCUGGAGCUCGUCUACGGCGACGUCAACGACCUCCCUUCUCUGCUUGUGGCCUGCUCCGGUUGCCAGGUUAUCUUCCACGUCGCAGCCCUGGUUGAGCCAUGGCUUCCUGAUCCGUCUAGGUUCUUCUCUGUUAACGUUGGAGGCCUGAAAAACGUAUUACAAGCAUUCAGAGAGACGAAGACUGUGGAGAAGAUAAUAUAUACAUCCUCCUUCUUCGCUCUCGGGCCAACAGACGGUUACAUAGCAGAUGAGAAACAGACUCAUCCGGAGAAGUCAUUUUGUACGGAGUAUGAGAAAUCAAAGGCCAUGGCCGAUAAGGUUGCUCUACAGGCGGCGUCCGACGGGUUGCCGAUUAUCGUUCUCUAUCCCGGAGUUAUUUAUGGUUCCGGAAAAUUGACGGCGGGAAAUGUGGUUGCCAAAUUGUUGAUUGAACGUUUUAAUGGGCGCUUACCUGGUUAUAUUGGCUCUGGGCAAGAUAAGUUUUCAUUUAGCCAUGUUGAAGAUGUAAUUGAUGGACACAUUGCAGCACUGAAGAAAGGUCGCCCAGGUGAAAGAUACCUUCUUACGGGGGAAAAUGCCUCAUUUGUGCAUGUUUUCAAUGUUUCUUCCUUCAUUACUGAAACAAAAAGGCCUUGGUUUCACAUCCCUUUGUGGCUGGUGGAGAUAUAUGGAUGGAUAUCAGUUCUCUUCUCUCGAAUUACAGGAAGGCUUCCUCUGAUCAGUCCUCCGACAGUAUAUGUGCUGAGGCAUCAAUGGGCAUAUUCUUGUGAGAAGGCCAAAGUGGAGUUGGGAUAUAACCCUAGAAGCUUAAAGGAAGGUCUUGGGGAGGUGCUUCCAUGGUUGAAGAGCUUGGGCCUCAUAAAAUAUUAAGGACUGUUGAGUCUGUAUAAUUGUUGUUGCUGCUUUAGGCCUAAAAGUGCAUAGUGGUGUUUUUUCCUAUAAAUGUCUACAUUAUCUCUGUUGGUCCAUGUAGCAGCUACCCUAUUCCCUUAGAGGUGCUUGAUUUGCAUUUAUGGCGCAUUCUACUUGUAAAUAUCAGAAGACUUUUUUUUUUUUGUGAAAAUAGUAUUGUAUUAUGUAUUAACUGACAAAAUCAGGUGGGUGUAUACAAGUAUGCUUCAUGCAGCAUAGUGAGGGUGUA